AUGGAACAUAAGCUUAACUUCUUUACCAAAUUCCUAGCAAUUUUAGCUACAUUUUCCCUUACAUUUCACCCAUGUAUAUGUAUCGUCUCGAAAAGUAGUAACCCAAUAGGGAAAGAAGGGGAAUGGCAACUUCUUAGGGACAAUGUUGGGGUGGUACCUAUGCAUAUGGCAUUAACCCAUAUGAAUACAAUCCUAAUCUUUGAUCAAACCGGGAAAGGACCUUCAGCAUACCUCCUCAAUCACCGCUCACACGGUGGCGAAUGCCAUCAGAACCAUGCUUCUGAUGUAAGAGACUCAUCUUGCUUUGCUCAUUCAGUUGAGUACCAUAUAGGUACCAACUCCUUAAGACCAUUGAAAAUCGAGUCCGACCCGUUUUGCUCCUCGGGUUCGUUUUUAAGCAACGGGACGCUUCUUCAAACGGGUGGUUACGCCAACGGGUAUAAAAAGAUCCGAAACUUUGUCCCUUGUGGUGAUGGAAGGUGUGAUUGGAGGUUGUCAAAGACGAAGCUAGCAAAAGACAGGUGGUAUGCUUCUAACCAGUUGCUCCCAGGGGAAAAGGAAAGGGUUAUAGUUGUUGGAGGGAAAAAAGUAUUCUCUUAUGAGUUUGUCCCUAGGAAAUCUUCCCAAGUAGCUUCAUAUGCUAUGCCAUUUUUGCAUAACACUUAUAAUAAAUCUGAAGGAGGAAAUAAUCUCUACCCUUUCCUUCAUCUUUCGUCCGACGGUCAUCUCUUCAUCUUUGCCAAUCGAGACUCAAUCUUGUUCGACUACAGGCUUGAUCGCGUGGUUAAGACUUACCCACGGAUGCCUGGUGGAGGGUCACGCAGCUACCCGAGCUCUGGGUCCUCAGUCAUCCUACCAUUAGACCAUCGAGAUGGGUUCCUAAAAGUGGAAGUCAUGAUAUGUGGGGGUGCAGCAGAGGGAGCCUACAGUGCAGCUCGUGGGGGUCAAUUCUUGGAAGGGUUAAGAACUUGUGGAAGAAUGGAGAUUACAGGGCAUAAAAAUAAAUGGAAUAUGGAGGAAAUGCCUCAUCCUCGACUUUUAAUGGACAUGGUGAUUCUCCCUACAGGACAUAUCUUAUUGAUCAAUGGUGCGCAGUCUGGUGCUGGUGGGUGGAACAAUGCAGACCGCCCUGCGCAGCAGCCUUUCCUUUACAAGGCUAGGAGACCAUUAGGGAAGAGGUUUUUGGUUUUGCAGGAAACAGAUGUAGCGCGAAUGUAUCAUUCCUCGGCUGUACUUUUACCUGAUGGGAGGAUCCUUAUUGGGGGAGGUAACCCUAAUGAGAGGUAUGUGUUCAAUAAUGUAAGGUACCCUACAGAACUUAAGUUACAAGCCUUUGCUCCACAAUAUACUGACUAUAGGUUUCACCAUGUAAGGCCUAGUAACAUUUCUAUAGAGAAUAAUAGGAACCGGUUUCGUCAUAGAAACAAUGUUAUGGAGAGUAAAAUCAAUAGAAUUCACCAUACAACAACUAGACCUAGUAACACUUCCAGAACACAUACUAAUAUUGGAUCACAUGCUUCCCAUCACAUAAGUAGGCCGCCUAGGAAGAUUUCUAGAGGACAAGGCCAUGUAAUCCGCCCGACAACUCCGCCUCGUACGAGUUCCAUAAAGAAAAAUAUCAAUGGUAAUGGUAAUGGUAAUGAGACUGUUGAUAUAAAAUAUGGGGAGGAGUUUGAGGUGACGUUUUGGCUAGGAAGAAAGAUAAACGGGGAAGUGGAGUUCAACGCGUAUGCACCUCCUUUUACUACACAUUCAGUGUCAAUGAACCAAAGGUUGUUGAAAUUGAGAAGUAUAAGAAUUGUGGAAGAUGAUGGUGGGAGGGUUAAUGCAGUGGUGAUAGCACCCCCUUCGCCGAAUGUUGCACCAUCUGGGUAUUAUAUGCUCUUUCUUGUCCAUGGAGGUAUUCCUAGCACAGCUCAAUGGAUUAGAUUUGUACACUAG